CCCUCAAUACAGCAUCGCGCAUGCGCAGUCGCGGCAGUGCCGGAGGCGGAAGUGACGCCGCAAAGGAGCGGCGGAUGUGAUGGCGGAUGUGAUGGCGGCGGGGGAGGGCCUGGCCUGCUGUGUGCUUCGGGGCUGAUGGAAGAAGAGGGUGAGCGGGAACCCGGCCCCGGGGGCUGCCGUGCUGGGAGGGGAUGCUGAGCCCUCCCUGCCGCCUCAGCGUCCUCAUUCACAGCGUCCUCAUUCACAAAGCUUGUGCCUCCCUGAAGGUGAACUAAGCCACGUCCUUCCCUGAGAAACUCCUUCUAAAGGCUCUGAACAGUACCAGCACCGAGGUUGCCGUGAUAAUGCCAACAGAAAACAGCCACCUACCAGACAGUAUUCAAGAACAAGACCCCAUUACUACUGUAAGCAGUAUUUGCCCCCAUAAUGCUGAAGAAUCAGGAACUGAACAAGACAAUGGCAUUUGUAACAGUGACCAGGGUAAUCAUUUUGGAGUUCACAGCUCUGACAGCAAGCCAUCCACUUCUGUGGCAGUUCCCAUGGAGGUACCCAGAAGAGGACAACCCCUUCUGCAUAUCAACAGGCAGCAGAUUCAGUCCGUUUCAUAUAGUGCACAGGCUGCUGAGCUCAAAGGUUUAGGAGUCGAUGUGUAUGACCAGGAUGUGUUGGAGCAAGGAGUUCUCCAGCAAGUAGAUAAUGCAAUUAAUGAAGCUAACAAAGCAACAAAAAUAGCUGAUGCUGAAAAAGAGUAUCAGUCAGUGCUGGAUGACUUAAGAUCAUGUACAACAUCUCUGAAACAAAUAGAUAAAAUUAUUGAGCAACUUUCACCUCAGGCUGCCAACAACAAAGAUAUAAACAGAAAACUAGAUUCUGUAAAACGGCAAAAAUACAACAAGGAACAACAGCUAAAGAAGAUCAAAGCAAAACAGAAACGUCUCCAAGCAGUUCUUGGGGGAACUGAGAUUCUUGAUAAAGUAAAUGAAAUUGAAUUUGAAGAUGAUGAAGAGCCUGGUCCAUCAUCUCUUGGCAGUAUGCUUAUGCCUGUUCAGGAAACAGAGUGGGAAGAGCUUAUUCGUACAGGCCAGAUGACCCCGUUUGGAACUAAAAUACCUCAGAAGCCAGAGAGGAAAACACGGCGACUAAUGCUAAAUGAAGCAUCUGAUUUUGAAAAGUAUUUAGCAGACCAGGCUAAGCUGUCAUCUGAGAGAAAGAAGUUAUCCCUUCACAAAAGAGCGAAGAAGAAAGCACAAGCCAAAAAUGUUCAGUGCGUAGCUCCCACAUCUGCUACAAAGGAAAGAAGAGGUAAAGUUCUGUCAAAAACAGAUAAACGUUUAAAAAAACACUUGAAGAAACUUCAGAAGCAUGCCCUUCAGGUUCAUUCAAAAGCAGGUACUAAAAGAAAAAAAAAUCUUGAGACUACAAAGCUCAAGCCUGGACAGGAAGACGAUAGUGGAGAAUCUGAGUAUGUACCUGAUGAGGAACAACUUGAGCCAGCAGCAGUUGAAGAGGAGGAAGAACAGGCAUCUUCACAUGCUGAAAAUGAUUCUGAUUAUGAACUCAGGAAUUUGUCAAGGAAGGGAAAAUACUUGGUGAGGCGGGAUUCUAAAGAUGCUGAAAACGACGCUGACUACUUUCCAAGCUCUGAGGAGGAAGAACAUACAGUAGGGAAGCGCAAAGUAAAAAGAUGGAGAGAUGAUGGAGAUGAAGACUAUUAUAAACAGAGGCUAAGGAAGUGGCAAAGAGAACGUUUGAAGGACAAAGAACGUCCUGUGGCUGAAGAACUUUCUGAUGAAAGCGACACUGAAUUUGAAGAGGGUUUCAAAGUUCCAGGAUUUCUCUUCAAAAAGCUUUUUAAGUACCAGCAGACAGGUGUUAGGUGGCUCUGGGAAUUGCACUGCCAGCAGGCAGGAGGGAUUCUGGGAGAUGAGAUGGGAUUGGGCAAGACCAUCCAGAUAAUUGCCUUCUUGGCAGGUCUGAGCUACAGCAAGAUCAGGACUCGUGGUUCAAAUUACAGGUACCAGGGAUUGGGUCCAACAGUGAUUGUUUGUCCAGCUACUGUGAUGCAUCAGUGGGUAAAAGAAUUCCACACAUGGUGGCCUCCAUUUAGGGUUGCCAUUCUCCAUGAAACUGGUUCUUACACCAACAAAAAGGUGAAACUAAUUCGAGAAAUUGCUUCAUGCCAUGGAAUUUUAAUUACGUCUUAUUCAUACAUUCGACUGAUGCAAGAUAACAUCCACAGCUAUGACUGGCAUUAUGUGAUUUUGGAUGAGGGUCACAAAAUCCGAAAUCCAAAUGCUGCAGUCACACUUGCAUGCAAGCAGUUCCGUACACCUCAUCGCAUCAUCUUGUCUGGUUCCCCUAUGCAAAAUAACUUGAAGGAGCUCUGGUCCCUCUUUGACUUUGUAUUCCCAGGGAAAUUGGGAACACUACCUGUGUUCAUGGAGCAAUUUUCUGUUCCAAUAACCAUGGGAGGAUACUCCAAUGCCUCUCCUGUGCAGGUAAAACUAGCAUACAAAUGUGCAUGUGUGCUACGGGACGCCAUAAAUCCUUACCUGCUGCGAAGAAUGAAGGCUGAUGUUAAAAUGAGCCUUUCACUUCCUGAUAAAAAUGAACAGGUCCUCUUUUGUCGUUUGACAGAUGAGCAGCGUCGAGUCUAUCAAAAUUUCAUCGACUCUAAAGAAGUCUACCAGAUUCUCAAUGGAGACAUGCAGGUUUUCUCAGGACUAGUAGCUUUGAGGAAGAUUUGCAACCACCCUGACCUCUUCUCUGGUGGUCCCAAGAUUUUGAAAUGCUUGCCAGAUGCUGAUUUGGAGGAAGCAGAUCAGUUUGGAUAUUGGAAACGUUCUGGAAAAAUGAUAGUGGUAGAGUCCUUGCUGAAAAUAUGGCACAAGCAAGGUCACAGAGUGUUGUUUUUUACUCAGUCAAGACAGAUGCUGCAGAUCCUUGAAGUCUUUGUGAGAGACAGAAACUAUUCCUACCUCAGGAUGGAUGGCACUACAACAAUAGCAUCCAGACAACCCCUUAUAACAAGAUACAAUGAGGACAAAUCCAUAUUUAUUUUUCUUCUGACAACUCGUGUUGGUGGUAUUGGAGUUAAUUUGACUGGUGCUGACCGGGUUAUUAUUUAUGAUCCUGACUGGAAUCCCAGUACGGACACACAGGCGCGUGAACGUGCUUGGAGAAUAGGUCAAAAGAAACAAGUGACUGUGUACAGACUUCUCACUGCAGGUACUAUUGAAGAGAAGAUAUACCACAGACAAAUCUUCAAGCAAUUUUUAACAAACAGAGUGCUGAAAGACCCUAAGCAAAGGCGCUUUUUCAAAUCCAAUGAUCUUUAUGAGCUAUUUACUCUGAGCAGCCCAGAUGUGUCUCAGGGGACAGAAACAAGUGCAAUUUUUGCAGGUACUGGUUCAGAUGUUCAAGUCCCCAAACACCAAUUGAAACGGAAACUUGAGAGGCCAGCUGAUGAUGAUGACACUUUGAAAGGUGGUCUCCAUCUUAAAAAAAGCUGCUCACCGAAGUACAGCAAGUCAUCUAGUUCCCACUUAACCAGCCACAUGGCAAAUUCUUCUAAAGCAAUAGAGACCAACAAGGAAGCCAAAGGAAAUUUGGAAACUUUCGAUCAAAAAAACUAUGCAGAAGAUAUUGCACAAACUGCUACAAACAUAAAUUCAGUGAAUAAAAGUAAGCAAGAAAGCUUGGAAAGAGCUGACAUAUCUCUGUCCCAAUCAUUGCCAGGUGAUGCAGAGCCUUCAGAGAAUGCCACGGUGACUGAAGAAGAACAUGAAGUGGCUAAUGAAAAUGCUGAGGGAGAUUUUAGCCUUCUGUGUAGUGCAGCUGGCUGUCAGGAAAAGCAGAUUGGUAAAACAGAAGAUGGGCAAUUGGAUAAUAAUCAUUAUAAAUGUACCUCAAAAACAAAGCACAGAGUGGAUAUGCUAUCACAUGACAGCCAUAAAGAGAAGUCUAAGAAGAAACAUCACAAAGAUGCCAAGUUUGAAGGGGAGCGCAUUCCUCACCUGGUGAAACAAAAGCGCUACAGGAAGGAGGACAGUGAAGAGAAGGAGUUGGACCCGAAGAAAAAUGAUGAUUAUGUCUUGGAGAAACUCUUCAAGAAAACAGGAGUACACAGUGUAAUGAAGCAUGAUGCCAUUAUGGAAGCUUCCAGUGCAGAUUAUGUGCUGGUAGAAGCAGAAGCAAACAGAGUGGCACAAGAUGCACUAAGAGCCUUAAAAGUCUCUCGACAGCGAUGCUUAGGAGCUGCCUCUGGUGUGCCAACAUGGACAGGUGUGAGUGGUCUUUCAGGUGCACCAUCAGGAGUAAAAAGUCGGUUUGGUCAAAAAAGAAACCCUAUGCUGCUUUCUUCACAUUCCACUUGUGCAUCACCUGUGAAAAAGUGCAAGGAUGCAGAUACAAUGAAGAAAGAAAAUGUGAAGAAGAAUAGUACCAAUGGGCACUUUGAUGGAAAAUUGGAAACUGGAGAAUCAUCAUCUAGUGUAUUAGAUUCUUCAUCAUUAUUAGCUAAGAUGAGGGCGAGAAACCACCUUAUUUUACCACAAAGGACAGGGAAUGAGGGAGAUGAGAAUCUUCACCAAGCACCAGCUCCAGCCCCAGGUUCAACAGAAUACGAUGAAUUGCUGGUGGAUGUGCGGAACUUCAUUGCAUUCCAGGCCCGUGUGGAUGGUGAGGCUAGUACUCAGGAAAUACUGCAGGAGUUUGAGUCCAAACUGCCUGCAGCACAGUCUUGUGUCUUUAGAGAACUCCUACGCAAUCUCUGCACCUUUCAUAGGAACCCAAGUGGUGAAGGUGUCUGGAGGCUGAAGCCAGAAUUCCGCUGACUUCUGUCAGGAGAAGGUACCAGUUUGCACUCGGCCAACACUCUGCUGUCAAAGACUUACUAUUUAUCUUUUGAAAUGAGGAAUUUGUGUUUGUGAUUUAAUAAAUGACUUGAGCAGAUUGUGAUGCAGCACUCAUUACAAGUUUAGUGCUGGCUUCAUUUCCAAAUUAAGCUAUUUGUAUGGAAGUGCAACCUACCUCAUAGGUGAAGCAAUAGAAAAUAUCACCUUUUCUUUAAAAGAAAUGAUGGGAUGAAGAAUAUGUGCUGACUUUUUACUGCAGUAAGAGCCAUGGAUAUUGCCGUGGGCAUUUAUUUGAUUUCUGUGAAAUUCCAAGAACUUUUCUCAGUUUUCUUUGUGUUACGUAAGUGGUCACUGGGCACACAGUGUAGCAUCAAAA